ACCUCUCAUUUGAUUGACAGCCCUGCCUUAACAGCCUGUUUCCCAGAAGUUUUACAAAGGCGCGCUCAACAGUUGCAAAGAGUCUUGAUUCUUUCCUUCUAAGUCGAGUGAUUUCCCUGGUAAUGGAUUGUCUCUCUCUGAGUUUCCACCCUGCUGAAACCAGAUACAGCCUCUGAACCCCGCUAGAAAGCAGCAAUGGUAAACAUGAAUGAAGAGCCUGUGAAGGAGAGCCUGGGAGCCCCCAAGUCUCCCAUGCCAGUGACAUCGGAGAAAAGCUCGAAGAGCGAGGUGGUGAUCAACACGACCCCGCUGGUCACUGAGGUCCAGCUGCUGGCCGCCACCGGGGGUGCGGAGCUCUCCUGCUAUCGCUGCAUCAUUCCCUUUGCCCUGGUGGUCUUCAUCGCCGGGGUCGUGGUCACCGGCGUGGCUUACAGCUUCAAUUCCCACGGCUCCAUCAUCUCCAUCUUUGGCCUGGUCCUCCUGUCAUCUGGACUUUUUUUAUUAGCCUCCAGUGCCUUGUGUUGGAAGGUGAGACAGAGAAGCAAGAAAGCAAAGAGACGCGAAAGCCAGACGGCGCUUGUGGCCAAUCAGAGAAGCUUGUUUGCUUGAGACUGAAUGAGACCAAAGGAUGGCUCUGUGGCCCCAAAGCCCUGCUCUAACUUAAUUCAUCCAGAACCAGUGAUGGAAUGGGAGUGGCUUGGGAGCAGACUAGAAAAAAAACCAGGGAGUGGGGAUUGAAGGUGGGGGGAAGGGGAUUCCUCCUUUGUGAGGAGUCACCUGUCUUCUUCAAUGCCUUCUUAGUGACUCUCUUCUUUAAUGACAACCUUAAUCCUAAGGGCUAUUUCUAAGACCGAAGAAUCACAUCCCCCCCCAACACAAACCUGCAACAAACCUUUCUGGGGUGGUGGAAGAUGGCACAGCAUUAGGUAACAUUUGGUUCACCUUGGAAAGCAGCCAAGAAGUGAUGAGAAAAUAACAUGGUCCUAGCACACCAGACAUCUGCCUCCAAAAGAAAUACCCUGCACUCCUUCUUAAGAAGUCUGUAUUAGAAACAGGUUCUGCUGAAGGUCUGCUGCAUUACCUUGGACUUCACAUGCAUCUAUGAAAUUCUGUCACUUUUUUUUUCCCCAGUAAGUUGAUUCUCUGACAUCUGUGUUUAUCUUUCAUUUUCAGUAACUCAGCACUGGUGGUACUUUAUC